AUGAUCUCCCAAGUCUCGACUGACCUUCCACCAGCAGAAGACGAUCUUGUAAUCGGCUUUCAAAAGAAAGAUCUGAUCGGUCUCGACAUGCCACAUAAUGACGCCCUUGUCAUCAGUAUUCAAAUCGCUCAGGCUAUAGUCAAUCGAAUCCAUGGAGACGAGGGUAGCACAGCCAAUAUCCUACAACUGGUGUGGAUGAGCUUGGAGACAAAGAUCAACAAAUCAGCAAGAUCGCUGACCGGAUUUAAUGGUGCAAUAACGGUUACCGUGGGCACGAUAGACCUCGACGUCUACUCCCCGCCUGUAGUCAGCUUGCAAAUAUUCAUGGUCAUUGAUGAAGUCUCACCCUACAACGGCAUUCUGGGCAGACCAUGGAUCGGCAAGAUCAAAUCCAUCACCUCUGCCACACAUAAGAAAAUCCGGUACCCAAUCCCUAGGGGGCGGUGUCGACCAAAUCAACAGUGA